AUGGCACCUGCAGCACUCCUCUCCCCUGAGCCGCCCGUUGUCAUCGGGCCGGCCACCAAGAAGGCCACACGGCCUUCCAGCGCCCUUCCCCAGUCACUUAUCGACGGGGCUCGGAUCGCUAAGAAGGACACAUUCAACGCCGCGAAGCAUCUUAACUUCCAGGCCCCGAAGCGCAUCUACACUAUGGAGGAGAUCGGCCUGGAAGGGCAGGGCAUUUCCCCUCACGCCGGCUCGGAGCCCUUCUCCCUUUUCAAUGAAGAGGCCAUUAAGCAGAUGAGGGCAGAGAUCUUCAGUGACGAAGUCCUGGCUGACUGCCAGUAUUCUUCGACUUUUAACAAGCACAUGGUCCGCGGCAUGGGCCCAGCUCGCGCACCCUUCACCUACGCUGCAUGGAACGACCCUGAAGUUCUCCGCCGUAUCUCCGAGGUCGCCGGCAUCGACCUCAUCCCGUCCAUCGACUUUGAAAUCGCCAACAUUAACAUCUCCGUCAACAGUAACCCCCAGCCCGUACCGGAACAGCAGGUCCCGUCCAACGAGGAGCUGCCAGCAGUUGCUUGGCACUAUGACAGCUUUCCCUUUGUCUGUGUGACUAUGCUUUCCGACUGCACUGGCAUGGUUGGUGGUGAAACUGCUUUGCGCACACCUUCGGGUGAUAUCAUGAAAGUCCGCGGCCCAGCAAUGGGACGGUACAUCGAGCAUCAGGCGCUUAAGGCACUCGGCGGCCGUGAGAGAAUUAGCAUGGUCACUUGUUUCCGCCCCAAGGAUCCUAUGGUCCGCGAUGAGACUGUCCUGGUCGGCGUGCGUGGUAUCAGCGACCUUUCCGAGCUCUACACUCAAUACACUGAGUACCGCUUGGAGCUGUUGGAGGAGCGUCUUCGCCUCAAGCAGAAGGAGGAGCGUCGCCGUGUCGUGGCCAAGAGGCCAUUCGACAUUGCUGAUAUCCGGCAGUUCUUGAAGGAACAGAAGGCAUUCCUGGAGUCCAUGCUGGAGGAAAUCAUUGAGGUCGAUUAG